CACCUCUUCAACCAGUCUCGGGCAAAGACAUCGAGGCGAGUAUAGAACAGGGGGGUAGCCAUGGCCACACUUCCCGACGAGGUCUUUGUCGACUGCUCCACCCUUGUCCGCAAUGCUGACGGGACGGUGGUGACGGGCAACCCGACACAGGACGACUUUGCCGACGUGCUGGCAAAGGUGGCGGCCAACGACCCAGAGACCACCUCGGUCAACCUCAACAACCUCGACGAUGCCGAGCCGCUGCAGAUGAUCGACCUGGCCGAGGCGCUGAUGGAGAACACGGUGGUGACAGAGGUCUGGCUCUGCAACUGCAACAUGGACACCCUUGGCGGGCAGAUGUUCGGGCAGGUGCUCAAGCGAAACGCCACGCUCACCGAGCUCAACCUCGAGACCAACCGCAUCGGGCCCAAGGGCAUGGUUGCCCUCGCCAAGGCGCUCAAAGAGAAUACAGGCCUCAGCAUCCUCCGCCUCGAGAACCAGAACACGCCCAUGGGCAACAAGGCCGAGCGCUUGUUUGUCAAGGCCCUCAAGGCAAACAAGUCGCUUGUCAAGCUCGCGGCAGACUUCCACGAGCAGUCAUCCAAGAAUGCUGUCGUCUCGGCGCUCACCCGCAACAUCGACCGCGCCCGCAAGGCCCGCCGCAAGGCCGCAUAACCGC